GGUGGCAGUAAUGCGACGCCACGGAUGUUCCAAACUCCAUCGAAGAAGACGCCGGAGGAGGAGGCGCUUGACGCCGGUAGAAGGUGGUGGGAGAAAAGACCGACGAACCGGGUGGAAGCCCUAAAAAACCAACUGAGGUUAUACUCCUUAGAUUGCUCUAUUUUUUUACAAGUCUGUCUGGAGGGACUAAAGACAGGUUGUAGUCCUGUCCACGUCUCUUCAUCUGGUGUCGGUCUGUGUCUGUGUUCAAAUAGCACAGAGAGAGAUUGUUAGUCCUGCAGUAGCUGUAUUCUCUGGUUUGGCCGGACGGUCUCUCAGCGAUCUAUCAUGGGUGACAUGAGUGAUCUGGACAGACAGAUCGACCAGCUGAGGAGGUGUGAGCUCAUCAAGGAGAAUGAGGUCAAAGCCCUGUGUGCCAAAGCCAGAGAGAUUCUUGUAGAAGAGAGUAACGUUCAGAGGGUGGACUCUCCGGUAACGGUGUGUGGUGACAUUCAUGGCCAGUUUUAUGACUUGAAGGAAUUGUUUAGGGUGGGAGGCGAUGUUCCAGAAACAAACUACCUCUUCAUGGGAGAUUUUGUGGACCGAGGCUUUUACAGUGUUGAGACCUUUCUGUUACUUCUUGCCCUGAAGGUGCGUUAUCCAGACAGAAUCACCCUGAUCCGGGGAAAUCAUGAGUCUAGACAGAUCACACAGGUGUACGGCUUUUACGAUGAGUGUUUGAGAAAAUACGGCUCGGUCACGGUAUGGAGGUACUGCACCGAGAUCUUCGACUACCUUUCCCUCUCCGCCAUCAUUGACGGCAAAAUCUUCUGUGUACACGGAGGCCUGUCGCCCUCGAUCCAGACUCUGGACCAGAUCAGAACCAUCGACAGAAAGCAGGAAGUGCCUCAUGACGGGCCCAUGUGUGACCUUCUGUGGUCUGAUCCUGAAGACACCACAGGAUGGGGCGUCAGCCCGAGAGGUGCUGGAUAUCUGUUUGGCAGUGACGUCGUGGCCCAGUUCAACGCCGCCAACGACAUCGACAUGAUUUGCAGAGCGCAUCAGCUUGUGAUGGAAGGUUACAAGUGGCACUUCAACGAGACCGUUCUCACUGUGUGGUCUGCUCCCAAUUACUGCUACAGAUGUGGUAAUGUGGCGGCAAUCUUGGAGCUUGACGAACACCUGCAGAAAGAGUUCAUCAUAUUCGAAGCUGCUCCACAAGAAACGAGAGGCAUUCCCUCCAAAAAGCCAGUCGCUGACUACUUCCUGUGAGCUUCCUGCAUCUUAGGAUGCACGCACUCUCAACAGGAAGUGGUGCCCUGUGUGUACUUGUAUUUCUAUUUCCCUCUCCCUGCCCAACUGUCUUAAUCGUGCUCUUUUUUUUUUUUUUUCUUUUUUUUUUCUUUUUUUUUUUACUUUCUCUGUAAUUAUUCCUUUUUUAUUAUUUCUAUUUUCCAUCCACUUUCACAUUCUCUUUGCCAUCAAGACACACAUUGGCAUUAUAUUCUCCUCCACUGCUGUGAAAUCUCUCGCUCUCAGACUCAUGGUAUGCUGUAGAUGUAGACGUUUAUGAUGUAUGUGAAUAGCAUAGGGACGGUGGAAGAGUGACGGUUUCUCCUGUCCCUCAGAAAUGGCUGGUUGUUGGACAUUUUAUUUUCAUUUUCUUUCUUUACACUCUUCUCAUGUAAACGUGUAAGAGAAUGGAUAUGCUUUGAUUAUAGUUCACAGUCUACUGUUUUCACUAGAGUCAUCAUAGUUUCACAGCUUUUGAGUUUUGCGCAGGAAACGACUGCAGAUGCUGAGCACCCAACACUGCGGAAAUCUAAGGACAUUAACUACACUGGGAAACAUCAACACAACAAACCAAACUGGAAUUAGAAAAUCUGCUUUUCCCUCUUGACUGUUCUCUCUAUAGGACUUAUUGUUGAUUUUUAUUUUUAAUUUGUGAAAAUAAAAUGUACUUUUGUAUGAA